GCAUUUAUGACGCAUUUCCGGCGUUCUAGCGGAGGAAAAUGGCUGCGCCCCAGCCACAGGCUGCAGCGGUUUCCUCUGCGUCUGGUGUGUCAGGCCCGGGUUCUGCCGGGGGUCCGGGUCCCCAGCAACAGCCACAACCGACCCAGUUGGUGGGUUCUGCCCAGAGCGGGCUCCUGCAGCAGCAGCAGCAGGACUUCGAUCCUGUGCAGCGCUACAAGAUGCUCAUCCCGCAACUGAAGGAGAGUCUCCAGACUUUGAUGAAGGUUGCAGCCCAGAAUCUGAUUCAGAACACUAACAUUGACAAUGGACAGAAGAGCAGUGACGCACCCUUGCAGCGCUUUGACAAGUGUUUGGAGGAGUUUUACGCACUCUGUGAUCAGCUGGAACUCUGCUUGCGCCUGGCCCACGAGUGCCUUUCACAGAGCUGUGACAGCGCCAAACACUCUCCAACACUGGUACCCACAGCCACAAAGCCAGAUGCAGUGCAGCCAGACAGUCUGCCCUACCCACAGUACCUGGCUGUCAUCAAAGCCCAGAUCACCUGUGCCAAAGACAUUCAUACUGCCCUGCUGGACUGUGCCAACAAGGUCACUGGAAAGACUACUGCACCCUCUACUGGCCCUGGGGGCAGCCUCUGAGGUCUUUCGGGGAGGGGCAGAGAAUGAAGUAUGGCCUGAGGCAAAACAGGUGGUUCCUGUUGCUGAUUUGUCCGUGCCACAGUAAUGCAGCUGAAACCAGCAGGGGGCAGCAGAGUCUUGCAGACAGCACAGACCUCAAACCCCACCACCACCACACCACUGUUGCCUCCACCCACGCUGCUCCCCAACCUGGAGUGGACCUUCCCACUGGGCCGAUGAUUACCUCUGUUCUGGGGACUCUGACUCCCCACCUGGCCCUGGGUUAGCACUAACUGAGCCCUUUAGACCUUCCUCAGUCUGUCCCAGUGUAUGGAUUUCCUUUUAACCCACCUUUUUCCAGUCCUGCCAUCCUAUCUCAAUCAGUCCCCUUUUGUUGCCCCCAACACCUAACUGGGAUCGUAUUAUACAAGAGGAACCAAAAUGCCUGGGUUACUAGGGCUACAGGAAGGGACUUUCUGGCUCACAAAAGCAGCGCGUGAACGUAAGCCCUGACCUCAGCACAGACAACCUAGGAGAAGUUUGGGUCCACAUUGGACCCUGCGUCAGCAGAGCUCUCUAGCUGUUCUGGGGAGGGGCCGAGGGGGGAUAUUGUGCAAUGUGUGGGGAGGCCUGCUCAACAAGACUCCUUGGUCUCUAUAUUUUUAGCUCCAAAGCAGAAGUGAAAAGGCCCCAGCUUGAGUGAAUCAUGGAUUCUGGGGAAGACCCCAGCUCCUCCGGGAAACAGGCCCUGGGGAGGGGGCUUUGGGGAGGGAGGGGAGGCCCCAGCCUGUGGGCCUGGACAAGUGCUGGAUGGAACUACAAACCAGGCCCGGCUGCCAGUGGAAAGGCUAGCGUGACAGACUGGUUAGGGAACUGCCCCACCCCAUAUCUUUUGGGCCCUGGUUCCCAUGUCACCAGGUUCCUGUGUCUACAAAAGUCCCAGAGACUGUGGAGACCUCCAUGAUGUACAGGAACCCAGAUCAUCACACUAGGAAAAGUGGAAAAUGAUCAAAAUGAGAAUGUAUACACUGUUCAGGCAUUCCUCCCUGCCUAGCUUGACUAUUGCAUGGUCUUUCUGCAGGGAAGGCGAGUUCCACCAGUUUGAUCAUGGGCCUCAUUUCUUUUCAUUUGGAGUUGUAGAGACAGUCUCUCACUCCAUAGCCGGGGCUAGCCUUACAGUAUAGUCCAGGCUGCCAUGGAACAGAACCUACCUGCUAUUACUUGCCAAGUAUUGUGAUUAUAUCGUGUGAGUGUGUGGGGAGUGCUUGCUUACACGUACAGGGUGUAUGGAAGGGGGUGCCUGUGUGGAGAUAGAGAAAGCCUUUUAGGCCACAGUUUCUCCUGUUUUCAGGCACGGAGGUUCUCUUGCCAUCCUGUUGCUUGGCCCUUUGCACACACCGGCCGGCUUAGGCGCUCCCACUUUGCUGUACACGUGUUGGUUGCAGGUGUGCACUUUAGCUGGUCUUCAGUGCACUGUGGUUCUUUCCCCUACCCUUUACCCUCCCCGACCCAGUUUUACCUCCUAAUACUGGAUAAACAAGGCAGAGAGGAAUUAAGAAAA